GGCCAAAGAACCCUCUCCGCACGCACGGCUCGGGCGAGACCAGCGCCAUGUGCUGAGCCAUGCCCCUCGCCGCGCCCGCGGGCAGCGCAUGGGGCAGCGCCUGAGCGGCGGCCGAUCCUGCCUCCAUGUCCCCGGCCGGCUUCUGCCGCAGCCUCAGCCGCCCCCGCCACCGGUGAGGAGGAAGCUCGCUCUGCUCUUCGCCAUGCUUUGCAUCUGGCUCUACAUGUUUCUGUACUCGUGCGCCAGCUCGUGCGCCGCCGCGCCAGGGCUGCUGCUGCUGGGCUCUGGGUCCCGCGCGGUCCACGCCUCGCCAGCCCUAGCCGCGGGUCCCGACGGGGCUUUCCCCAGGCUGCCGUUCCAGGCGGCGCCAGUUACCCCGUUGGUUGCGGGCAAGGAGAGGGCCGAGGGAGCCGCGAGCCAAGAGGAGCAGAGUCCCGAAGCGCCGGACUCCCCCAGCCCCAUCUCCAGCUUCUUUAGUGGGUCCGGGAGCAAGCAGCUGCCGCAGGCCAUCAUCAUCGGCGUGAAGAAGGGCGGCACGCGGGCGCUGCUCGAGUUCCUGCGUGUGCACCCCGACGUGCGCGCCGUGGGCGCCGAGCCCCACUUCUUCGACCGCAGCUACGACAAGGGCCUGGCCUGGUACCGGGACCUGAUGCCCCGAACCCUGGACGGGCAGAUCACCAUGGAGAAGACGCCCAGUUACUUCGUCACCCGGGAGGCCCCCGCGCGCAUCUCGGCCAUGUCCAAGGACACCAAGCUCAUCGUGGUGGUGCGGGACCCGGUGACCAGAGCCAUCUCGGACUACACGCAAACACUCUCCAAGCGGCCCGACAUCCCCUCCUUCGAGAGCUUGACGUUCAAAAACAGAACCGCGGGCCUCAUCGACACGUCGUGGAGCGCCAUCCAGAUCGGCAUCUACGCCAAGCACCUGGAGCACUGGCUGCGCCACUUCCCCAUCGGCCAGAUGCUCUUCGUGAGCGGGGAGCGGCUCAUCAGCGACCCGGCGGGCGAGCUGGGCCGCGUGCAGGACUUCCUGGGCCUCAAGAGGAUCAUCACCGACAAGCACUUCUACUUCAACAAGACCAAGGGCUUCCCCUGCCUGAAGAAGGCCGAGGGCAGCAGCAAACCGCACUGCCUGGGCAAGACCAAGGGCCGGACCCACCCCGAGAUCGACCGCGAGGUGGUGCAAAGACUGCGUGACUUCUACCGGCCUUUCAACCUCAAGUUCUACCAGAUGACCGGGCAUGACUUUGGCUGGGAUUGAAGGCACCGGGACCGUGUAGCUUACCACGUGGCUUAUAUAUUGAGAGAAAGUAUAUGUAUGUAAAAUGUACAGAAAUAUAUUUUAUAAUAAUUUAUUUUUAAUUCAUAAACAAUUAAUUCACUAAGCUGCCUAGCCACACUCUAUUUAGAGAGUUAGCUUCAUAAUCUGUUAACAUUCCAAAGUGUUUAACUCUAAUAUUUUGUUCUUUUCCUCACAAUUGAUGGUGCUUCUAUUUCCCUCCCUACCCAUUAUAUUUAAGAAGAAGAAAAGCACAACUUGAGAUUUUUGUUGUUACGGGUACGCAGCCUUCGAUCGCUGUCUGAAUUCACUUGCCGUCUCCGUGCGUGUUGGGCCUCCCAUCCCAGCUUCGAUUUCUCUUCCCACCCAUGUACCUCGUAGGAGCGCUGGCUGCCCCAGCGGUGCUGCACUCGGCCGGUGAGACCUCAGGGGCAGCUUCCUGAUCCACGUGCGGCCAUCUCCGAGGAUGUGGAUCCCAGACCGCCCGCUAGGUUUUCCCUGUCUGCUUAGCACGCGGGAGAAUCACCGCCUCAGCAGGGACUCCCACCUCCUCUCCGAGUCAGCAUGCCAGGGUCCGUUUCCUUCAGAUUUUGAGUUUGAAGGAUGGCCCUGCAUCCUCUUUUGCCCUAGUCUCUGGUUCAUUAACCAGCUUGAUGUGUAUGCAAAUGUUAGCCCCCUCUUUCCCAGUCACGUGUGCGAGAUGCUUGGGUGCUGCUUUAGAAAUAAAGACGGUCUCUCCUAAUUUGCAUGAGAGCUCACCAUGCUCCAUUCUCCAGUUCUGCUCUGACACACCAAAGAAUUCUCCAGGCUAGCAGAGCCAUAGGCACAAACCUAGGGUGCUCGGGUGUUGAGACCCAAAGGGCUCAGGUACAUCCCAUGCCAUCAGCAUCUACCAAGGUGCUGUUAGGCACAGAACCAGCCAUGUAGGGCACAUCCCAGUAGGCUGACAGCCUCAAUGGGGGAAAAGAGAAGGACCCUCAGAAGGACAGGUGGCCUGGCAGAGGAAGGGUGUCCUUGACCCCCUGCUUGACGUCUGGAACUCCUCUCCUUGGAAUUACUGGCUCACCACAGAUGGACAAUACUGUCUGUCAUAGUGAGCAGCCAAACAGUGAGAACUAGGAGCAGCCCUUGUAAGGCCAGGCCAGGGAAGCUGGCCCCACGUUGCCCGUGAGCACUUGAGCCAGACAUUUGUGCAACUGUCUCUUGUCUUAGCCUGGUCUUGGCAGAAGGGUUGCCAGAAUUGUUGCUGCUGAUGCAGAAUGCUCUCCCCAUGCCUCUCUGUUGAGAGAGCAGCUGGGGAUCUUUCAUGAUGACUAGCCAAUAACAGUUGGGUAACCACAUAGCAAUAUCACAUAAUGACAUCCUCACUUUAUCUUCAGUUUUCUAAACCAGAAUGCUUCCACCAUAAAAGAAUCAUUAUUGGACUUAUACAUUCUUUGAGGCAUGUAUGGGAAGAUAUACAUAUUGCCAUAAUAGUUAAGUUAUGAUAUUUACAAAGGACACUUUUGUAUGUUGUAAGGAAUAACUUGCCGAUAGAGUAAGAAAACUUAUAUGAAGAGAAUAAAAUCAUUCAUUUUUAGAAACUGAUCAGAGAUGUCAAUGGUUUUUGAGUGAUAUCUUGAUGAUCUGGUUUGUAUUUGCCCACAAGUUCCGGCCCAGAUCUUGCUAGGUCGUGCUUAACAGCAAAACUGUCAUCCUGUAGGUUCUGUGCAGGAGGAUGGCCCGCGGGCUCUGUGCAUUCCAGAGAUGUUCUCUUCCUUUCCUAGCUUUGUUGCUGCCUCUGCCAAGGAGCGCAGAACCUGCACUUGGGGUCCUGCUGUAAUCUUAGCAUGGUUCUCCCCUCUUGCUACUUGUGUUUCAGAGAUUUCCGCAGAGGGUGCUAAUUAGCUGUGUAUCUUUUCAAUCAGCAGACUCAUUUGAAAUAAAACUGACAACACCUUUUCAAUGACAGCAUGAAGUAAAAGUCGGUAUUCACGUCUUCCACCUAAUUCUGUCCUGUCCGCUUUCUGGCCGCUCUCAUGAUCUGACCAGCUCAUGACACAGAAUUGCAGUGAAGUUCAGAGGAGGGUUUGCGACAAAGCAGUUGGAAAACAAGCACGAGCUAUUCCUUCUCCUUGAAGUCCCUGCCCUCUUUCCAAGCUGGACAAUUUUUGAUGGAGUUGUUUGUUCCCUGCCUUAAAACUGAAACAGGAAAUUUUCAGAUAGAAGGAGGAUCAUUUAGUCAUAAACACUGAAGUGGGUCAAGAUUCUAUUCUGGGUCAAAUCCUUGAAUCCAAACAGAUGGUGAUAAUAAGCACUGAAGGUCUAGAGCAAGUUUUCUAUGUAAAAUAAAUCAAUCAAGCACCCUGUGCCUCUCUUCACGGGGCUCUGCUGGCUUACAGCUCGUGACCGAUCCGGACACAGCGUCUGCCCCAGGGUUACACCCCAUCAUGUGACAGUUAUUGCAGGGCCUGACCCUGUAUGUCUUCCUCCUGGAGAAGUUAGGCAACACAUUAGACUGAGCCUUGGGUUUCUCCCUGUUCGAGCAGUCUGCAAGCCACCAACUUAACUUUUAGCUGCUGGGAAGCAGACGCCAUCUUACGUUUCGGCAAUUUGUCCUAGUACAUGUCUUGCAUUCCUUCCAGUUCACAGGAAAAGUUCUGAUAGUCAUUGGAAUACUUUAUUUCUCUCAGUUUUGUUUCCUUUCUCAUUAAAAACAAAACUAUGAACAAAAAAUUGGAGGAUUUUAUUGUUUCUCUGUACUCCAUGCUUUCUUUGAGGUGUUUGUACAGUAGUCUGUUAACUUGGUAGUUGGUGCCUACAAAGAUAUGUAGGUGUAGUGACUUAAUUGGAUGAAGGAGGAGGAGACAUUGUCUUCUCAUGAGAUUCUCUUUGGAAGUCAUUUUGAAUGGCAGAUACAUUUUAGACCUUUGGAGAAACCAUUUUGGAUCCUGCCAGGGUAUUUUCAUAAGAAAGGAAAAUGGGAGGUUCCAUUUAAUAUGUAUGUAAAAUGCUGACAGAGGACAAUGUUGUUUUUCUGUUCAGUUGAUCAACAAGGAUGGUCAAUAAAUCUUAAAAGUGUGGUUAGAUUUUUUUUUCACUCUUGUAAUGUUAAUUUAUGACUGAGUUUCAUUCAGCCUCGUAAUCUGAAAUACUGUGCAAAUUCAAGCAGUGUGUCUUCUAUAACCUGGAUGUUAGAAUAGCCAAUAUGUACAAAAAAUUAAAUCAAGUAUUUUGUCCUAUGUAUAACACAAAUUAAUUUUACACAGAGAAAGAUGUUUCUAGGAAAAUGAAAUUCUGGUAAUUG